GUGACGCACUGUGGACGGAGGGCAGGAAGAGUGCGCGCGUGUGAGAUCGCAAGAGGCGCAUUGAUCGAUCCAGAAGCACAGACACAGCACAAGGUCCAACAUGACCCGUUUCUAAUGCUGGGGCACGGUCAUAAUCAAGCCCACUCUCACCCCAGAACUCAGAUCGUGCAACAGCAACACCGCCCGAACCAGGAGAUCGGGUUGGAUUCAGGAGGCGCACCGAAGGUCGGUGGAUCGAAAACAGCAGGGCGGCUCAAAUCGGGUGCACGCGCGUUUUAGAAGAGAGAGAGAGGGAGGGACUGCCUGUGCAUUUGGAGCCAUGAGAGAAUACAAAGUGGUCGUGUUGGGAUCCGGCGGCGUGGGAAAAUCGGCUUUGACCGUGCAGUUCGUCACCGGAUCGUUUAUCGAGAAGUACGAUCCGACGAUAGAGGAUUUCUACCGCAAGGAGAUCGAAGUGGACUCGUCGCCCUCGGUGCUGGAGAUCCUGGACACGGCGGGGACCGAGCAGUUCGCCUCCAUGCGCGAUCUGUACAUCAAGAACGGGCAGGGCUUUAUACUUGUUUACAGUCUGGUCAACCAGCAGAGCUUCCAAGACAUCAAACCCAUGCGGGAUCAGAUCAUCCGCGUCAAACGGUACGAGAGAGUGCCCAUGAUCUUGGUGGGGAAUAAGGUGGAUCUGGAAGGAGAGAGGGAAGUCUCUUCCGGGGAAGGCAAAGCCCUGGCAGACGAGUGGAACUGCCCGUUUAUGGAAACUUCAGCCAAAAAUAAAGGCUCGGUCGACGAACUGUUCGCAGAGAUUGUCAGACAAAUGAACUAUGCCUCGACGACAAACGGAGACGACCAGUGCUGCUCGUCUUGUGUUAUUCUUUAAAAAGAAAUGCAUUUGUUGUUAUUAUUAUUAUUCUCGUUUGCCAUGGUGAGUGAGCCAAACUUAAAUAAUGACACCGUAAGAAAAAAGAAAACUAUUAAGUUUGCUCGAGGACAAAAACACACACACAUAGCUUAUUUCUGAUGUUAACUGUCAUAACAGUAUUCAUAUAAAGUGUCCUACCAUGUCUUGCACAUGACAAAAGCAUAUUGAAACCAGUGUUUACAUGACAGAAUACUUGAAUGUUCUGGGAUCUACACAAACCAACACUUUAAAAUCAUGGGCACUUGAGUCCCCCCAUCAGACUUUGUCGCCAGGUGCCUAUCUGUGUGAUCGGUAGUAAUUCGUUAUUUUUUAGUUUUUGUUUUGGAGGUGUGUUGCAGGACUUCUGUACUGUUGAGCUACAUGUCUCUCCCUGGCCUUGGCUUUUUAGGAGUUACUCAAAGAGACCCCCUGGAAUAGCGGAUGACGCUUCAGGAAUUACGCUCGAGUUGGAGUAUCUCUUCAAGCACACUGAAUGCACACCAUUGAUGGCUGAUCGUCGCCCGUUUCGGCUUGCACUCAUAACUAGAACUUAAACCCCAAGACGUGAUAAAACUGAGACAUAAACCUUUCUAAAGCGGAGGAGUUUAACGGAAAAGAAUGGUAUAUUUUACAUGCUGCACAUGAUUUGGGUUGAAGGAGCGCGUGGACUUGGCAACCCGCUUUGUGACUCGUUCAGAGUAUUUUACGUUUAAAGUAUUUUUUAGUUUGCUGGCGGGUGACGUCACAAUUGAAAACCACUUUCACGUGCCACUUUUCCCCGUCUCCUUUAGCGUGCGCGAGGACUUUUGUUAUGACGUGAUGACGUCGGAGUUACGUCACCGCGUCGAGUGCCUUCCAAAAAGCUGUUCACGAGUUUAGUGCCAACCUGCAAGGGUCUGCAAGGAGUCUCAGUUCAUGGCAGUCCACAAAGUACUUAACUGUUACACCUUGCUAAUUGUUUUGGGGGUUAACAACAUUUUAAAAGGCCUAUUGUCAACGGAAUGUGUUUUUCUUUCUUUAUUUUCAGCUUUUUGAGUAAAACAUCUUUUUGGCUCUUUUCUCAAAACUGGUCUAGGUUCGGUCAAAUAUAGUUUGAAACACAGGUACUGAAGCCCCCAGACUCAAAACCACAAACCACUGUCUCUCCAGACCAGUUAAAUCAGGUCUUUUGUUAUUUUGUUAUUAACAAAUGUGAUGUACCAUUGAAAUUCUAAUCGAUUGUACGUUUAAUUUCAGACUAGCAUUUUAACAGCUGUCUGAUUGUUUUAAAAGAAAGACUUUUAAUACAAAUUGCAUUUUUUUUUAAAUCAUCCACCGUGUUUGUCAUUUUGUAUGCUCUUAUUGAGCUAUAGGAAUGUUAUAAAAGUCUGUCAAAACAAUCAAUUUAUGGUGAAUAUUGGUGAGUAUCUAUUGCAAUCACAAAUAAUAUGCAAUGAAUGCAAAGCUACAAUUCUCUCCCAGUCACUGCUGUUUCUCAGAUCAUGUGAGUAAGCAAAUAACCUUGAGCAACUGCCAAUUAUACUAAUUUGUGAUACUGCUCUGAUUGACGCAUCCAGUCUCUUGGGACUGACCUUUUCUAAUGCACUGAUGAAACCGUAAACAAAUAAGGUGCGUUUGUGUAGCAUUUGGACAAGACUUGGUUAUGAACACUAAAUGAGGAGUUACAGUAAUGGGGUCAUGUAGCAGAAGCCGACAUGUCAUGCCAUGUGAUCUGGGCAUGCUUUAAAUUGAAGUAGGAGGGUCACAUUCCACAGCUGCAUUCUAGCCUGUAGGCUAUAUAUGCCAUACUGGCCAGUGUGUUAGAAUGGAGACAACUUCCAAGACUCUCACAUAGGAGUGCAAAUGCAAGCGGAAUGAUUUUAACUUCUUGGGCAUGGGCUAAACCAGAUGUUCCAAAUGUUUGGUCAAGGUUUAGAAAUAGCAGACAGGUUUUUUUUUAGCUGUGUUUAAGAUGAGGCUAGGCCUUGGCACAUAAUCAUACAUGUGUAAAGUAUUCAUAUAAUUAAUUCCUGUCCAGAUUGGUUAUUACAUGGUUUCUAAGGUAAUAUUUCACAUCUUUGCUUAAACCUUAAAAGUGGCAAAUGUGUGCAUUUCAUCUUGGAAGAGUCUAUAGUUGUCAUGCUGGGUGGAGUUGGGUCUUUUUUUGUUUUUGUGCUUGCUACUUGAGGUUGUGGUAGAUGAAAUAAAAAAUUUUAGUUUUCAAAAAAAGAAUAAAAAAAUUGCAAAACUCGCUGCCACAAUCUUAGAUUGUUGUGAGUGGUUUUUAGGAUGUUGCUAUGUGGUUGCUAGGGCAUUCUGAGUGGCUGUUAGCUUGUUGCUAGGUGGCUGCUUACUGGCCUAAGUAAAAAAAAAAAAACCCCACCCCUAAGUCUUUACUCUUUGUAGAUAUGGCUCGAAUCCCUCCGUCAAUGCAAGCCUAUGGGAUUUAGAUCAGAUGGCUUUAUGUAACCGCACACCUCUCCUCAACCUGUCACACAUUUUGAUGUAUCAUUCAUGUAAAUGUGGAGAACCAGUUGCAUGUUAAUGUUUAAUAUUUAGGGUUCGGGAUUUUGUUCCAAUCCCCUAAAUCAAAACCUUUUAAAAGUAUGGGCAAUAGCUAUAGGGACUACUAAUAAGUAGUACAAUUUAGUAUCUAAAGAGUGUGAGCUUGGGCUAUUAAACACCUAUCCUUUGCUAACAUUUACCCUGCCUUUUGUUGGUUGCAAAAACUUGAUGACAUGCCUGUUUACAGUAGGCAUUUUUAAAUGUAACUUUAAAAGGGGAAAUUCUGAAUGAUUUUCGUUUGUUUUUCUUUCUGUUCACUCAUUACUUUGCGAAGAUGGUAAAAGUUUCACUUCCUCAACAGUUUGCAGACAUGUGAUUUAUUUUUUUAUUCUCUUUGACUAACAGGAAGUGUUCGUCAGCUGAUUGUGACCAGUUAGCACUAGUGUCUGAGCAGUCACAGGUCUUCUAGUGUCAGUGUCAUGUGAUCUUGUUGCCAUAGAGACAGUAGACUUAGGACUUGCUAUGUGAAGAUUGUAUGUUUUAAGGGGAUUAAGAGCCACAGUGUGACCCUGAUUAGGCCCUUAAGACUGCAGUCUUAUCUAUUGAUUCUUCAUUGUGCCUUGCAAUGCAGUGUUGUUACGGAAUGACGGUGAAUGGCUUAGCCCUUAAAAGUAGUUCAGGUGACAUAUAGCAAACAUGCACAUUUAAAAGUCUAAUUUAACUUCUUUGAGACAAACUGGUUUUGGCGCAGAGCCUAUUGAUUAUUACAUUGUGCAUUUUGGUCUGGUCACCUGUAUUGAUUGGUGUGUUUUUAUCUUUAAGAUAUGUAAUAAAGCUCUAAAUGCAUUGGCUUGAUAAAUCACUUUAAGCGCUAUAGUGAUUAGGCCUUUGCAGUGCUGUGCCAGCCCUCUGUUGCAAGACAUUGUUGCAAGUGUGUUAAAGGAAAUAUUGCACCACAGCUUGAGUGCAUGUGGGUGGUGUGUUUGUUUGUGUGUGCCUGUGCUCAUUUGUAUUUUUUCUGGCUUUCUUUUCAUAAGAAUGUUGAUAACCAUUAGUGUCCAAGUUCGAUUUAGUUUCAUCUGCCCUCUUAAAAGAACUUUAAAAGGAAUUAGUUCACCCAAAACUGACAAUUCUGUCAUCAUUUACUCCCAACAUGUUAUUCCAAAUCUGUAUGCUGUUAAUUGUUUCUUUGGAACACAGACAUUUAUUUUAUUUUUUAAGAAUUGUUAUGUAGUUCUUCCAUACAAUGAGGAUUUGAUUUGGAAUGACUUGAGUAAAUACCGACAGAUUUGUCAGUUUUGGGUGAACUGUUUCUUGAAGUUCCUUUUAUCUUGGUUUCACAGUCUUAUAUUUCAAUACCAAUUCAGCUCUGGUCAUAAUAUGAUAAACUGUAAAAGGUUUUCCUUUGUAGUAAUCAUUGAAACCUGUUUUCUCUAUAUAAUUCAGUGUUAUCCAGACUGGUUUGUUAACUGAUGCAGUUUGGGUUACAUCCAGACAUGAAAAACUUAUUCCACCCCUCAUUUAAAUUAUUCAUCCCUAAGGUGUGGUUUCAUCUAGAGUGGCACAGGAGGAAGAUGAUUGGAGAGGUGUGCUGAUGCCAGAAAGCCAGGACAGAGAGUGAUGGAGGCAGUAGUGCCUACAGGCACAGCCGUGGCUAGUUCUGGGAAUACCCUCAGAUUCCAGUCAUUUUUCUCAUUCCUGCUGCUGUGCAGUCUGGGCUUGUGUGAGGCAAGAUCCCUGUUGGUAAAGGCCUUUCAUAUGGAAGAGAACAGAAUGACAGGGAGAGGGGCCUGUCUAAACAGAUUCCGGACACCACCCUGAUACAAAAUGGUUACCUUACCAUAACCCGCUCCACUGUCUAGUGCUUAGAGCUGCUUUGUUUAAAAAGCUGUACAGAUGUAAAAGCUGUACGAUGUUCCAGUGACUAUUGAAAGAUAUUUCCAAGCCCGGGGGUCUGCUUCGCAAUAAUUUUGUUGUACAUCAAAUGUUGUUUAUUGAAUAUGUCCACACCUGCAGGCUUUAAAUAAUUGUGUAAUUUACCUUGUAUAAAGAGAGAAAUAGUUUUUUUCCUAAUGCCCUCAUACAUAGAGAUUGAUUAAAAAGGGGGAAUUGAAACUUUUAAAAUGGAAGCUUCAGAUUUGAAUAUUUUCAUGGUUUAAGUGCUCUUUUGGAUAUGGUUGUUAUGCUUUAACUUGGCUGUGGGUUUCAUUGUAGGGUGUGAGUCUUAACAGGAGUUUAAAUGGCAAAUAAUCUCAGAGACAGACUCAAACUAUUUUGUGUCUGCAACUGGUUUUGUUUCUACUGGAUUAUAAGGUGUCUUGUGUAUAUAGUGGGGUCCAAAUGUCUGGGAUUACAUAAAAAAUAUUUUUUGCCAACAGUUCUGAAAUUCAAGUUAACUCUGAUGUGAGUUCGGGACAAUGUUUAUUUUUACAAUUCCGUUUGGUGAUGCUAGUGUCACAUAGAAAUGACAAACUUCAGUCUAAAUUAAAAAAAAAUUAGAACAUAAGGAAAAAAUUCUUAUGCCAUUUAAGGGAUUAAGAGAAAGUGGUUUAACACACCUAGGUUUCUCCUUGAGAACGUGGCUUAAUGUGGCCAUGUAAACACAUAAGUGGUGUUCUAAUGGGUGUUUGAAGAGUGCGCACAUGCGUGAAUAGAACGAAUGGCAAACGUCAAGUAACAAGUCAACACAGUGAAAGAAUUUAACAUUUUUGGAAGAAAAGUGGGAAAAGCACAUACAAUAAACUAUACGCAUUUAUACACACCAAUGUAAAAUAGUGAUGGUCCCUCACAUUCUUGUAUAUGUACUUACAUAGGGGGGAAUCCCAAAGUUUUAAGGAAGAGGGAAACCCCACUAUUACAGUGCAAUUCUGCUGCAGAUCGUGAUGCUAAAUUAAGGAAACAAAUGCAGCAACAACUCUGGAAUAUCUGGAAAUUAAGCGAAGCAACAGAGAAUAAAAUAGCGAAGUCUUCCUCCGAUGCCAUAUUUGUUAUUUACACAAGCUUCACAAGGAAAUUACGCUGUCAUAGUGAAAGCUGCUUACUGACCUAGCUGCAUGUAUACGUUAGUAACGAGUAUACUGCUUAGACCGCACAUGUAAUCCGGAAUGCUGCUUUUUCACAAUAAACUGCUUUCUCAGAAUAAGCUGCUUUCUGGUGUCCAUGUAAACAUAAUCAUGGUCAUGUAAAACCUGGAAAUAUCAGGGGUAUCAAAUUUGGGUUUUUCAGGUCUAGUAAAAGGUCUUGACUGGGAAAAUCAUGUAAAAGUUAUGGAAAUAUAGGAAGUUAUUGCUCUUAAAGUGUGGGAAUCCUGUGAAUGUUGAUAUCUGGAUUGUGUUCAAGAUAUUCAAAUCACACUUUUUUGUUAUUGCAAGCUUUUAGAUUAUUUUGUAUAAUAUUGCAAAGUGCUUUUAAAGUAAAUCUCUUGAUUUACUAACGUGUCCAUAAACAUUUGUGUUGCUGAAUUUUUUUCUUGAAAGUUUUCAAUAAACGU